CUCAAAUUAAUUAUCACUGCUUUGCAUUUCCCAUUUCUAGAGAGAGAGAGAGAGAGCGCAAUGACAAUAGGCUUGGACAAAGUGGUAGAUGAUGUUGCAUCGAAGGCAGUAAGCGAGCUUGUCCAAUUUGUAGCAAAAAAUUUCAACCUGGUUGUUGGUAUAGAAUCGGAGAUAAUUGAUCUGACUUCCGAUAUCGAAACAUUUAACGCGAGGCUGGUGGAUGCUUCCAAGAUCCCCAGGGCCAAAGAACUCCAAGUUAUGAAAGUAAUAGUGAAAAAGUUCCGAGCUGUGGUGGAUGAAGCACAGGAUGCGGUGGACAAGUACUUAGCUGAGAAGAAAAACCACGAAGAGAAGACCUUCACAAAAUGUUUGGAUAAAGUUCCACAUUUAGGAAAGGUGAAUGCCUCUGCGAGUGAGAUCCAGACGAUUAGGACUAAGGUCAAUGCGAUUUUUCAAAACCACGAGAAAGACCUUCUAUUCGUCAUGAAGUACCCAAACAAUAGCCCAUCCCAUUUCGAGCAGACUCGGCCAGUGGUGGAGAAAGAUAAGGUACUUGGCUUUGAUGAUGAUUUGAUCACCAUAAAGGAUCGCAUUAAUAUUGAAGCGUCCAAUGAUUUUAUUGUUAUCCCAAUUGUGGGGAGGGCUGGGAGCGGAAAAACUACAUUUGCCACAAAGGUUUUUGAAGGUCAAGAUGUUCUAAACAAUUCAUUCCAUCGCAUUUGGGUCCAUGUUUCACAACGCUUUGAUAGCAAACAAAAAUUAAUUGAUAUCAUACAUCAAAUUAAGAACCAUACGAAUGACUAUAGCUCCACAUUGAUAGAUCGGUUGAAAGAUGAAAUAAGGAGACUUUUAACUGAUCUAAAGUACUUUAUUGUAUUGGAUGAUGUUUGGGAAAGAAAUGUUUGGGAAUCUUUAAAAGAAGCACUUCCCAAAAAUAUGAAUGGAAGUAGAGUCCUAGUGACCACUCGAUAUGACCAUGUGGUUGAUUCUGAAUGGAAACCUCAUUAUUUAACAGAGUUAAGCGAACAUGACAGUUGGUUGCUGCUGAAAAAGAAUGUUUUUGGUGAAGAGGAGUGCGAUACUAAGCUAUUUGAAGAACAUGGGAAAACGAUAGCAAAAAGGUGCAAUGGACUACCACUAGCUAUAAGAGUGAUAGCUGGCAUCUUAUGUAAACAUAGAACAAUUGCUGAUUGGGAACGAGUUGCUAAAAAUCCUUUUCUAGAAAUGAAUCGGGAAGGCCAAAGCUACCAUCAGGUAGUAAUGUUGAGUUAUGAAGAUUUGCCUCAUGAGAGGUUAAAAAAUUGCUUCCUAUAUUUUGCAACAUUUCCUAUGGGGUAUGAGAUUGCUGUUUGGAAGUUGAUUCGUUUGUGGAUUGUUGAAGAAUUCAUUCCAACAAUAGAUGAGUGGGGAUACCCUUUAGAGGUGGAAGUUGAAGCUCAGAAAUAUUUGAAUGAUCUCGUCAAUAUGAAUCUUGUGAUGGUGAUGAAAAGGAGAGUGGAUGGUCAAAUCAAAACUUGCCGCAUCCAUGACUCAUUGCAUGAGUUCUGCAAAAGUGAGGCAGCAAAGAAAAAUCUGUUCCACAUAAUGGAUGAGGGACAAAGAUUAGAUGCAAAUGCUGUUAUUUCAUAUCGUCGCCUUUGUUUCUACUCCCCUAUGAAGAACAUAUUUGAUGCAGAAAGUAAUCCAUCUUAUUCGUUCUUCGGUUGCUACGACAAAAAGAGGGGAACAUGUCCAUCUGGUGAGCGUGUCUGUACUUUGUUGUUAUCUUCCAUACAAAAGGGUGAGAUUCAAUUUGAACCAUCCGUACAAAAGGGUGAGACCGAACACAUUUCCACUUCGUUGGCGAUACCAAACACCUUUCCAAAUCUUAGGGUGUUAGAUAUUGAAUCCCUCAAGUUGAAGUCGGUGCCUGAUGAGCUCUAUGACCUGAAGCUUCUGAGGUAUCUAGCUAUGACAGUUGACAUUGAUCUCUUGCCCAAGCAAUUCAAAAAGCUUCGUGACUUGGAGACUCUUGUAUUCAGAACCACAAAAGAUAAACUAGAAAUCCAGGGAGGCAUAUGGAACAUGGAAAGGCUAAGGCAUGUCCACACCAACACCUCUAUUCAAUUACCCUCUCCCAAAAAAAGCAAAAGCAGCUCGGAAGGCACCAACAUCCGUACACUUUGUACCUUAUCACCAACAAGUUGCAGGAAAGAGAUCAUCAGCAUGACCCCCAAGCUCCAAAAAUUGAAUAUUAGUGGGAAUCUAGAUGAGCUUUUUGAGGAAAAACAAGGAAUUUCUUUGUUAAAAAAUCUUCAAAUGCUAGAUUGCCUCGAAAACUUGAAACUCUAUGGCCGGUCCAACAAAGAGUUAAAGGCCCAGCAGGCCAAGUUUCCACUCAAGCUAAGAAAAUUGACCUUAUCUAAUACAUUGUUUGGUUGGAAAGAUAUGAGUGUAUUGGGAUCACUGGACAUGCUUGAGGUGCUCAAGUUGGAAGAAAAUUCUUUCAAGGGGGAAGAGUGGGAUCUAAACAAUGAUGUUAUUUUCAAACAACUUCGGUAUUUGCGCAUUGAGAGGGCCAACUUGGUAACCUGGAAAGCUGCAAAGAAUAGCUUUCCCACUUUAGAACGUCUGGUCCUCAGGAAUUGCACCGCACUAGAAACAAUCCCAGAUGCUUUUGCUGAUGUCUACAGCCUUGAGGUGAUGGAACUGUUUCGUGUGGGUAAUAGGGCAGUUGAUUCUGCAAGGAAGGUUCAUGAACAAGGCAAGAACAAUGUCAGAACCAAGGGAUUUGAGCUCUUCAUCACCUCUCUUCCAUCAGAAACAGCAGCUGCAAAGGUGGAAAAAUCCAACAUAGUGGGCUUUAGUGAUGAGGUGAAAACUAUAAAGUAUCGUCUCAGUGGUGGGUCUAAGGAUUUAGAAAUCAUCUCAAUUGUGGGGUUGUUUGGACUUGGCAAAACCACUUUAGCCAAUAUGUUGUUAAGUGAUAGUGGGAUUCAAUAUGAGUUCACCACUCGCCUUUGGAUUCCUAUUCCAGAAACUUCUGUUACCAAGGAUGUUUUCCUUGACAUUUUAAGGAAGGUAACUGAUAAAGCCUACAAAUAUAAGGACAUGUCAGAGGAGCAAUUAGCUCACAGACUAGAAGAAUUUUUAAAAGGGGAAAAAUAUUUGAUUGUAAUAGAUGAUGUACAAACGCUACAAGAUUGGGAAUCUCUGAAACCUGCUUUCCCUAUGAACAGUAGAGGCAGUAGAGUCUUGAUAACCACUACACACUAUGGAGUGGGUUUAUAUGUUGAUUCUACCAGUAACCCUCACCAGUUAAAAUUUUUGACGAAUGAAGAAUCCCUGCAGUUACUAGAGAAGAAGGUUUUACCAGGAACCCCGGGAGAUGGUGAUGAAAGAUGUUCUAGGUUGUUAAAAGUUCAUGGUAGGGACAUAUCAACAAAAUGCAAAGGAAUACCACUUGUAGUGGAGUUGAUAGCCAAGGUCCUUACAAGCAAUGAGACAUCUGAUGCCAAGUGGGAACGGCUAGCUAGAGAUCCUGUUGAAAUUAUUGAUUCCUUGGAUAAAAAGAACAACCCACUCGUACAAUUGAUUUUUGAUGAUAUGGAUUUGCAAUUGAAGGAUUGUUUCCUAUACCUUGCAGCUUUUCCUGAAGAUGAGAUUACUGCCUGGAAAUUGAUUUGGUCGUGGAUAGCUGAAGGGUUCUUUCCGAGAAAGGGUGAUAGAUAUACUUUAGACUGUGAGCAUACAGCUGAGAAAUAUUUAAAUAAUCUUGUUGACAAGAAUUUUGUAGAGGUGCUGAAAAGAAGAGCGGAUGGCCAAAUAAAAUCUUGUCGCAUUCAUCCCAAGUUGUAUCAGCUCUGCAAAAUUGAAGCUGCCAAUAAGAAUCACAUUCAUGAAAUGGAUGGAAGUGAUGAAGGUAAGGUAAACGAAAUUGAUUGCCGUCACCUUUGCAUCAAAUCCUCUGGUUUGAACUUCCUAAAAUCAGAAAAAAAACAAGCUAUUAAACAUGUGGACUCUUUCUUAUGUUUUUGCUCCCAAGGGGUACCAUAUGAUGAGCAGUUGGCAACCAUUCCAAAAUCCUUUCCUGCUCUUAGGGUGCUGGAUAUUGAAUCGCUCAAGCUCAAAUCACUACCCAAAGAAGUCUAUCGCCUCUAUCAUCUAAGGUACCUUGCAGUAUCUACUGAUGACAUGCAACGCCUUCCCCAGGACUUCAAUAAUUUUGAGAACAUGCAGACACUUGUGUUCAAUACCUCACAAGAUAGUCUUGAAGUUGAGGCAGAUAUAUGGAGCUUGCCUAAAUUAAGGCAUGUGCGCACUAACACUUGUAUGCAGUUGCCUCUUCCUUCAAGCAACACAGGAAUUGGAAGUACAUGCAUACAAACACUUUCUUUCAUCUCGCCUUCAAGCUGCACUGCAGAGAUUUUAAGCAAGACACCAAAUCUUCAAAAGUUGGGAAUUCGUGGGAAUAUGGUUGAGCUUAUGGAGAGCAAGGAAGGAAUUCCCUUGUUCCAAAAUCUUCAAAAGUUAAGUAGGCUCGACAAUCUAAAGCUGCUGAAUAAUGGUCGUCGGCCUGGUGAUCUACUGAGUGUUCCUCAGCCCGACAAGUUUCCGCGAAGUCUAAGAAAGCUGACUUUGUCAAACAUGCCGUUGGAGUGGAAGGACAUGUGUAUACUAGGGGCACUGGAUGAGUUGGAGGUCCUCAAAUUAAAGGAAUGUGCAUUCACGGGGAAGUCUUGGAAACUCAAGGAUGACACUGUUUUCAAAAAGCUCCGAUUCUUGAGCAUUGGAAGCACUGAUUUAGAGUGCUGGGAUACUUCCAAGAGUUGCUUUCCAGUGUUAGAAAAGCUAGUCCUUAAGGACUGCACUCACCUCAGAGAAAUCCCACUCGACUUUGCUUAUGUACCCACCCUUAUGCAGAUGGAAUUAUAUGGCACAAAUGAAGGGGCUGCAAAUUCGGCUCACAAGAUACAAAUGCAACAACACAAACUGGGAAACAAUCAGUUUAAGCUCUUGAUUGAUCCUCCCAAUAAUUGAUUUCAAACCUAUCGUGUUCUCGUGCUGAGACUUCCAGAGGUGUGUGAUUUUCAAUCGUCCAGUAGUGUUGCUUUCUGGGUCAAAGUUGAUGCAUGUGGGAUGGGAUUCAAAUUGAGCUAUAUAAAAAAUCCUUAUCAUCACCAAGAGAUAUAUGGUUCGAUUCCAACCAUUGAGUGGCAGGCAAUCAUGCCGGGGCAGAGGGCCAAGCCUAAUGUGUGGGCUAUUUCAUAUGGUAGUGAGAUUGUUUCAUUUGGGAUUUUGGUUCUGCACUCAAGUCUCAAUUGCUGUUCUCUCUGGUUGUCUUGGCAGUGUCCAUAAAAAAAAAGUUACAACUUACAAGGGCAUUUGAGGCAAGAAAAGGGCGAGAAUGGCAAAGGCAUGGAUACGGGUGCAGUACGCUGGUACUUCCAACGUACGGUGGCGUCCAAAAAGGAAUAUUGCCCGGAGUACAAGAGCAUGAUUCACGAGAGGAGUCAGCCUACAAGCCAAGUACAAUCGUACUUCUGUAAUACUAGCGUCAGUUUAGUAGAGUAUAAAUAGUUAUUGGCGAGAUUAAAUAAAGAGUUAUCUAGAUUUUUACUCAGAUUCAGACUUGUACUUUAGUUUUUAGAGAGAGAGUCUUCCCUAGAGUUCUUAGAGUAACUUGACACAUUUAUCUAAGGAUUCUAGGAGUAUUCCGACUACAAUUGAUUGAAGAAUUCUUUGGAGAUCGAAGAUUGUUCUUGAAGUUAAGUUUGUUCAUAUCAAUUAAUUGCAAUUUGUUCUUCUCUUUA